AUGACAGAGACGGCGAGCGAUAGUUCUCAACCAUCCGACCAGUCCACUAUAGCCACCGAACCUGCGCACCCCGCGACACCAUCACCAGCGCUCGACGAUCUCCCCGCGGCAUCGCAAUCGACACUCAAAUACCAUCUGCUCGGCCCUUCGCUCACGAAAUCCGGACAAGAUGGCGUGGAUCAAAAGAAGGUCAGCGAGAUCAUAUACGAGGUGUCCAAGGGCAGCAAGUACUUUAGCAAUGAGGAGGUCAAGGACAAGAACCUCACGGUCAAGAUCAACCGCAUUCUGGACAAGAAGCGCGAGUUGCAGCGUAUAGAGGCACAAUGCGGACUGAAGCAUGACAUGAAGAAGGCGGAUGACUACAUUGCCGAGCUGGAAUAUGGGCGGGAUCUGUCGCAGGUGGUCGUGCACAUAGACUGUGAUGCGUUCUAUGCCGCGGUCGAAGAGCUGGAUCGCCCGGAACUGAAAGACGUGCCCUUUGCUGUGGGAGUCGGAGUCUUGACGACGUGUAACUAUGUCGCCCGCAAGUUUGGCUGUCGCUCUGGUAUGGCGGGGUUUGUGGCCGACAAGUUGUGUCCUCAGCUGAUUCACCUUCCACUGAAUUUCAGCAAAUACACGUCGAAGGCUGCUGAAGUCAGGGCCGUCCUGGAGCAGUACGAUCCGCGCUUCGAGUCGGCAAGUAUCGACGAGGCAUAUCUCAACCUAACACAGUAUUGUGAGGAGCAUAGUAUGGAGCCAGAGGAUGCCGUGAGCCAAAUGCGAGCCCAAGUCUUUCAAGAAACAAAGAUCACCAUCUCCGCUGGCAUCGCUGCAAAUGCGAAGCUGGCCAAAAUCUGCAGUAACAAGAACAAGCCUAACGGCCAGUUCAAACUUCCCUCUGACAGAGCCAGCAUUUUGCACUUCAUGAGAGACUUGCCCACUCGCAAGGUCAACGGCAUAGGUCGCGUGUUGGAGCGUGAGCUUGACGCUAUCGGCAUCAAGACUUGUGGCGACAUAUUUCCCCAACGACACUACAUCAAUCCCUUGUUCGGCGAAAAGACUUUUGAGUUCUUGAUGGGCGUCCACUUGGGAUUAGGACGAACCGACGUCAGGCCUAUCGAGGAGUUUGGACGCAAGAGCGUUGGCACGGAGAGUUCUUUCAAAGACAUGUCAGACCCAAAAGAGCUGCGCGAGAAGCUAAGAUGGACCGCCGAAGAGCUGGAAAAGGACUUGCAACGUACAGAAUUUAAGGGCAGAACGCUCUGUCUGAAGAUCAAGCUGCAUACUUACGAGGUGUUCACCCGUCAAGUGCAGCCACCCAAGGCUGUCUAUACCGCGGAAGACUUGUACAAUUUCAGCUUGCCGAUGCUCCAGAAGUUAGAGCAAGAGUUUCCGAACAUGAAGCUGAGGCUGAUGGGCCUCCGGUGUACACAUUUGGUGUCGAUGAAGAAGGGAGAUGUGGAUUUCUUUGGUCGAGCUAGGCAGCCGCAAAUUGCACCCAGUGAGUCGAUUGAUGUCACACAGGCAGCGCCUCAUGCGGAACUGGACGAGGAUGGCUGGCAGAAGUGGCCCGAUGCAGAAUUUGAAGAUGCAGCAAGGCAGGAACGAGAAGACGACAUGGCAGAGCUGGAGCAGCUUUCUCAGGAGUACGAUCUUAAGCACAAGCCGCCCCAGCAGAGGCCGCCUGACGAGGUCACCUACAGCCCCGACGGUGCACCCUCAGACUACAGGAGGUACGGUAAUGGCUUUGCCUGGCGCUCACUGCUGGAAGACGAAGCACGGACAGCAGAGCAGAACAGUCCGCCUCGUCAGCAGCCGGAGCAGUGGAACUGCCCUAUUUGCAGCACACCUCAACAAGCAGACGAGAGAUCAUUCAACGAGCACAUUGAUGGCUGUCUCUCGAGGCAGACGAUCAAAGAAAUCGUCAAGGAACCGACGCCGCCAGAGCAGGCGCUACAUCCCUUGAUGCAAGGCAGUACGUCGAAGCGGAAGCGCGGUAGGCCACAAAGCAAUGCACACGCUGGCACUGGUGGAGAUGAAAAGAGACCGAAGAAGUCCUUCUUCACAUCUUGA